AUGCGAGACGGGUCCAGGCCCGGCCCGAGUGGUGGCUCUACGGGGCACGCGUUUGACAAAGACUUCGAAGGGUCGUCAUUUACCGAAGACAGCAGCAAUGAAGAGCUGGCGUCUCUGAGGACUCUGCUGCAUUUUCCCGAAGAAGUCGCCCUUAGACUCACUGACACUGAAUACAAGAUAUUUUACCAGGUGCCACCAAUCGACUACCUCCGCCAGGUUACCCUAGACCUGGGCGGCGAAGGUAUCCUCGGCGCAGUCAGCGAGCGUCAGAUGAUAAGGAGACCACCGCCAACGCACACACCACAAGCUAGAAGCACUGUCAGGACUUUGAUCAGGAGAUUUAACGAGGUGUCCGCAUGGGUGACGGAGCUGGUGCUGACGUCCACUCCGGAGGAUAGAAAGGCCACAUUGGCAUGUAUCCUGAGGAUCGCGCUAACAUGUUGGAAUAUAGGCAACUUUAACGGCGCCAUGGAGAUUGUAGCUGGACUCAAAUCUCACAAACUGAAGUCGUUCUGGUUCAGUAUAUCUGACGAGCCGCUGCCAGCCCUGGACUUCCUCUCAGCUGCCCUGCUCUCAGCUGAGUACGAGCGAGCAUUGGGUCGAGCUCUCGCUAUGCCCGAGUGUCGACUCAUACCAUUUUUCGGUGCUUUCCUCAGAGAGUUAAGAGAGAUAUUGGCGGCAACGCCAUCUUUGACCAGUCAGUCAAUGACCUCCACGCCCACCCAUAGAAGAGAGUUCAAACGGGAUUCAAUUAAAGAAGACAGAAGCUCGCUAAAAAAAGAAAGCAGUAGACGAGAAAGCGGUAUGAGGACGGACCAGAGUACCACAGCAAGUCCUUUAAGGGACAGUUUCAAACGGGACUCGAGAUUAAAUGAGACUAACAGACAAGUGUACAUAGCGUCAUUUGACGAGGAGGGUGAGCAGGCACCAGGCUGGAGGCGAGUGGGACCAGAGGGCAUGGUGAACUUGGAGAAGGUGUACAGAACGCAAGCGGUCAUGGACCACAUAGCAAGUUUCCACCAGCAUAGAUACGCACUGGCCAGAACUGCACCGCCCGUUUUUGGGGAUUACCUGAGAACAGCAAUCACAGCAUGCGAAGACCCGGUCUUCGCACAACCAUCUCAGAAAACCACGGGCAGCGACUUUGAGAACGAGGCCUUAUACGAACUGGAAGGGGGAGGCUACUGUCCUGUCCAACCCCUACCACACGAUCAUGGGGUGACCAUGUUUCCUCUAGCACCACAGAAUGGAGAAAGAAUGGACAGACAUGUUUUACAAGUAAUGCACCAUGGUACCGCGUGUGUGGUGGGUGAAGCGGAAUGGUGCGGGACCUUCGCUCACUUGAGGCUGGAACGCGCUUGCGCCCUUCUAACUUGGUGUCGCACAGCUCAUCGGCCACAUUCACAACACGGAGAAACCCCAUCGGAGAGUGUGCAACAGCCUGAAAUCAAUCUAUCAUACAACCCCGAGGAAGUCAUACCGAUCAAAUACACGAUGAAUCUAGCACACGAAAAUGAAGCGGGCAUCGUUGGGGACGAAGGGUUCAUCGACCUUCAGUGCGUAAAGGACAUGCGUCUCGGGGGCAAGCUCCUGGAACCGCGGGAUAUUACCGAGCUGACGGCGUGUGCUAAACGCCAUGGUCUGGAGACUUGUUCCCAAGUACCCCACAUCAUUUCCCUGGUCUACGGGAGAACGUUAAGCGACAAUAGGACUGUACAUUUUUUACUUCCGCCAUAUUCUUACAGAGUGUGGGCAGUCGGUCUGCACGCCGUGAUCAGAGCGUUGAUGACACAGACCAAGCUCGCAGACAGGAGUCUGGCCUGGCUGAAGAACAAGUACACCGCUUUAUAUUACGAGGAUAGUUGCUGUUGUGAGCCUGUAGUCUCUGAUGCCAUUAGGGUAUUUGGCGGCAGAGACUCGACUUGCGGCGCGUCCUCACACUCCACUCCUGUCAGAGGAGCCUUCUCGGAGUCCCAUGGAGACUCUUUAAGGGGGGCAGGAAUUAAAUUCAAGAAAAACAAAUCAACUUCAGAACUGAAGAGCUCGCCUAAGAACUACGCUUCGAGCUUCGCCUCCGGACCUAAAAGCGAUGAUGAGGCGAUUCAGGGAUCACCUAGAAACAGUUCCUACUCAGCGGUCGUCGGCCACCACCAACACUGUCCACCACGACACAGCAGUCUUACAGCGGCCGCGACUAGCAUCAUGGCUGGCACGCCUAAUAGGAGUAGCUUAAGACGAUUGGACACAGGCGAACGGUUUUGGGAGAACAUCAAAAAUCUGCGGACCGGUUCCGUCAGCUACGACACCCAACUCGACUUUAUGGAUUUCGUCGCAUUGUUCAGGAGUUUCAGUUUAGUAAUGCGGUCGGAGCUGAGGGAUGUGUUUGAACAGCUCGCCGUGCCGCGGCCACGGUACUCUCUGCUGGGUGCUGAAAGGAGUCGCAGCUCGCCCGAGUUGUUUCGCAGCAAAACAUCCUUCAGAACAGGUCUUUUAACGAGGAACGGGUCGUUAGAUCUGGACCCGCCAAGUGACAAAGCCAGCAGAAAAAAGGCAUUCGAUGUUCUAGCAGCUGCCGCAUUGCCAGGAGCAAGUCCAGACAUGAGCGGGAGGGUGUUGUCGUUGCCGACCCUCGGCAAGUUUUGCGAGACGAGGCAGAACGAACCUAAGAAUGAGCAACAGCUGAAAGAUAUUAUACAGCGGCACGAGCCAGACCCAGUGUUAAGGGCGGAGAACUGCUUGUCCUUCGAAGGCUUCGUGCGCUUCCUCACCGACAAAGACAACUACGCGUUCGUUCCGGAACAGAGAAGACAGCAAGGUCCCCUCAGCCAGUACUACAUCGCCAGCAGCCACAACACCUACCUGACCGGACACCAACUGAAGGGGGAGUCCUCUGUAGAACUCUAUAGUCAGGUAAGUGACCAGAUAAGUCUUGAUUCCCCUUUUUUAUAUUGUAGACGCAAGAGAGAACUACCACAUACACAAUACACCUAA